ACCCCAGCCUGCGUUCUUCCUGUCUCCCACCCGGCCAUCUCACUUCUCUCUGUUGUGGCUCCUCGCUGGACCGUUGAUGGCACUUGACGUCGGACAAUGAAUUUCCAUCAGUCGACAUGGCCUCCAGCAACACUGUUGACUGCUUCUCCGACACUGAAACCGACACUCUUCUGUCUGAUCCACCUUCAGAUUUUGAUGAUAUGGACUCUGCAAGGGGACAGGACUUUGACAGAAUGGCUCUGUCUAGCCAGAGGGAAGGCCCGAAGCCCAGAUCCAUUCCUCGCUCAUACGAUCAUUCUAUGACCGGGUGUUCUGGUAUCGAGAACCACUGCCGUCCGCCGAGUAAGAGCAGCAAGUUCGAAGCUGUUCCAACUGAAAUCCUGAACAAGAUUGCGUGGCUCCUGUCCAACGAUCAAGAUCUCUUCAACUUGAUGUGCACCUGCAAGACCUUCGCCAAUGCCUUCAGCUCUCCGGAGUCUGCAAUUUGGCGCUUGCGCUUCAACUGUGACUUCGAUUGGCCCUUCGUUACUGACACGGCGGAAUUCGCUUCAGCGUACCAGCUGCGGAAAUUCGUGCUAAAACACUUCGUGGAGUUCAACAACCCAGAAGAUGAGAGGUUAGUGAUUCAAUUAGAGGUCCUGAGGGAUAUGGUCCUGGAGGCCUACAACCCACCCGAAAAGCAUCUUCCUCCCCGAUUGACAUCUCGCAAUCUUGCAGCAUUCGCAUCUCAGAACUCACCAUGGGCACGAAUGUUUCUGUCAUGCCCUUUCUUCCCUAGUCGAAGCGGACGGUACGGUCAGAGACAUCCACUCUUUGAGUCAAUCCAGCUGGUGUUAUCUCACCUCCUACUGUCGCCGGCUUCGCAUAUGGCCUACAAUGUGCGAUCAUCAAGGACAAACUAUGAUAUGGCCGUUGUGUACAACUGGAGCAAACCUUUAUCUCUUCUAUAUCGCAAAUUGGCCGAGAAGGAGAGCCUAGCACCGGCCAUACCCAACGGGCGCCGGCAACGGCACAGUGGGAGGCGGCGCAGACCACCUCGAACGAGCAAGCCGACGCACGAGCUCGACACCCAUGCCCUCCUCCACAUCCGCAACUUCUGGCACCGACAUCUGAUCGAAACAGUGAAAGGAUUGGGAUCGACAGACAUCACUGAGAACACAUAUGCGAAAAUGGCAAGGGAGCUGAUGCGUCGUGAGAUCACUCCGAGGCCGUGGGAAAGGCCGCUCACGGAAGAUUCAUUGCUACACCUUCCCACGGAAUGGUACGGUCACUAUUCUACGCUAGCUAGCAACUGGCCAAGGAAGCGGCAAGAGCUGGAGGAAGUCCAAAGCCUUGCGGAAGACUGGCAGGAGGUUGAUCCUAUGAAACUCGACUUUACCAUCUCCACGGACAACAACGUCGAUGGCUUCUGGUCGCCAAUUUUCAGCAGCAUCCCGGCUUUUCAACAGACAAUCCCCGAACUCAGCCAAUGCGUUUUCAUCCGAGGCCUCGCUCCUUUUGUACAGCUAUCUCCCGGUAAUGCUGCGAGAGGAUCCGACCCAGUGUCGCAAGCUACGCUCACGCUUCCAACCGCGCCACGACUCUCCAAAUAUCACCCCUAUCUGGCCCUCCGUCUUCGUGGCGUGAUACACUCUAUCCCGGCCCAACCGCAGCCGCCAAGCGACGACUCGGAUCCAGACCACAGCAUCCCAGGUUUUAACCGUAUUAUUAUGAUCCUCUACAAACCCACCAAACGGUACUUGAUCCAAGUGCUUGAGCACGCCCAGGAAGAGUACGGCGACAGCUUUACCACAGCGCUCACGACCCAGAUGGCACAGAAUAGCGCGGAUUCUUCAACGGCCCUCGACCCGGCCGAAAUCGACGCCCGACUCGAUGAGUACCUGCGCGCCAAACUCCUCGCGAACCCUCUCUGGUGCGACGGCUCCAAGCUCGACAAAGACGCCGUCGAGGAGAUGGAGGAGAAGUUCCGGCUCAGCGAGUAUCUCGACUGGGACUUUGAAUUCGCGUACGCGUACGAAGGGGCUGUGCUUCCCGGCCAGAAAAUUUUGCUGGGGCGAUGGUUUCGGAUUCUCGCCGGCGGCGUCGAAUACAGCGAAGGUUUAGAAAUGUUGGACGGAGAAGCCGCGGGUGCGGAUCAAGAUGCCAUGGGCCUGGACGGCGCGGGAAGCGGACCAGGGCAGCACGACGAGGCCGCGGAGGGGAAUCCUGCCCCGGAGACGACGAGGGAUGCGAGUCGCCACACCAAGCGCGAGCGAGGGCCCUUUAUCUUCUGGUGCCGAUGAUUGUUGGGUGGGGGAUAGAGGACACGACGGCUCACACUGAAGGUGCUUUCACAUUUCAUUCUUGGACACAAGCAGCCAAGGCAUGUUCGCCGUGUCGGGGGUCGAUUCCAGCAGCUGGUUCACGAUGAAGAGAGAAAAAAAAAAC